AUGUCUCAACAAUCAAUUCAACAAUCAAUGGCUAGUUUAUUACACGGAAGGACAUUAAGACCCAGAGGGCCAACUCCGGGACCCUCAAUAGUUACGACGCAAGAGAUAACACAAGAAAGCAACAAUACAUUAGAGAAAAUUGAUGAGAUUCAAGUAGAUGGAGGUGUUGAUACUCAAAUUCAAACGAUGGAUCAAUUGAACGAGAAAGAGAUAAGUGUAAAAGAAAAGAAGGGAAAAGGGAAAGGUACAAAGCAAAACACCAAGAAUUCGAAGACUCAAAAGGAGGAAGCGAAACCUACGGGUAUCGAACUAGAGGCACAAGGAAGAGAAGAUCCACAAAGAAGAGGAGUUCUUAUGAAUGAAAGUGACGUUCAAGUCAACGAACAAAUCAACGAAUGUCAGCAAAAUGAAAAUGGUUCCAACGAAGUCGGAAAUAUGACUGUGGGUUUCGGUAAGUUAAAUUCCUUACUAUUUCUAAUUUCCUCAUAUUCUCCUUCAUUAUCUCCACCAUCCAACCCAAAGAACUACCUCUGCAAAAAUGAGGAGUCAGGAAAAGCGGCCACGUUAUAG